AUGGCGAGGCGGACGAGGGGGGAGAAACAUCUUGUUCUGACGCCGAAUACGCGCGCUGCUUUCCGGGAUAAACACCUCCGGUUUCACGGGGGUUUGUUGGCUUUUUCCUGGAGCUUCAUUUUUUUUUUAAUGUGCUCGGCUCUGCUUUCUUCUUGUGGAUAUUGCAAAGCCGAGACGGAGUUUUCCAUCCUGGAAGAAGCGCAAGUUUUGUCCGAUCAGAUGAAGAAGCUGUCCUCUCAGGAGCUGGGAGUCUUUACCAUGCAGAGGAUUUUCAACUCGUUUGUGUACACCGAGAAGACAUCAAACGGAGAGACAGAAGUGCAGCAGUUGGCCAAAAAGAUCCGUGAAAAGUUUAACCGCUACCUGGACGUGGUGAACCGCAACAAACAGGUGGUGGAGGCCUCGUACACCGCUCACCUCACCUCUCCGCUCACUGCCAUACAGGACUGCUGCUCCAUACCUGCAUCUAUGAUGGAGUUUGAUGGAAACUUCAAUACCAACGUCUCCAAGACCAUAUGCUGUGACAGACUUUCCCCCAACGUCAACAGCCGAGCUUUCAACCCUGGACGGGACCUCAACUCAGUGUUAGCAGACAACCUGAAGUCCAACCCGGGGAUAAAGUGGCAGUACUUCAGCUCAGAGGAGGGCAUCUUCACAGUCUUCCCUGCCCACAAGUUCCAGUGCAAGGGAAGUUACGAGCACCGCAGCAGGCCUGUGUAUGUGUCUGCGGUGCGUCCCCAGUCUAAACACAUCGUGGUGAUGGUGGACCACGGAGCGUCUGUAACUGACACCCAGCUUCAGAUCGCCAGGGACUCUGCACUGGUCAUACUCAACGCCGUAGAUGAACAUGACAAGAUCUCCAUUUUGUCAGUAGCUGAGACGGUUCGCUCCUGUUCUCUGGACCAGUGCUAUAAGAGUCUGCUCUCUCCAGCCACCAGUGAGACCAAGAGGAAAAUGAGCACCUUCAUCUCCAACAUUAAGGCAUCUGAUGCAGCCACACAGCACGCAGCAGGCUUCCAGAAGGCCUUCCAGCUGCUCCGAAACACCAGCAGUCUCUGCAAACACAGUACCACCACAGACAUGGUGAUCAUCCACCUGUCCUCAGGUAUCACGUCUCGAGAGUCGUCGGAGCAGGAGAAGAGAGCGACGCUCAGUGUGGUCAGAGAGGAGAACCGACACCUCAACAACUCGGUCAUGAUCCUCACCUACGCACUCAUGAACGAGGGAGUAACGGGCCUGAAGGAGCUGGCCUUCUUGAGGGACCUCGCCGAGCAAAAUUCGGUUAAGUACGGCGUCGACCGAAUGUACGACCGUGACCGCUCCUCUAUGGCGUCCUCGUCCGGAUCAGCAGGAGCUUCCAUGAUCCCGGUGGUGAAGGGAAGCAUGAUGGUACUAAACCAGCUGAGCAACCUGGAGACGACUGUGGGCCGCUUCUACAUUAACCUGCCCAAUCGCAUGAUCGACUUGGCCCGCUUCAGCCUGCCCUACUCUGACCCCAUGGGAGAUGGGUUUAUUAUGACCGUGAGCCGGCCGUGUUACUUCGGUAACCUUCUCCUGGGCGUGGUUGGGGUGGAUGUGAACCUGGCCUACAUCUUGGAGGAUGUCACCUACUACCAAGACUCACUGGCCUCAUACACGUUCCUCAUUGACAACAAAGGUUACACCCUGAUGCAUCCGUCACUGACACGGCCCUACCUGAUGACCGAGCCUCCCCUUCACACUGACAUCAUCCACUACGAGAAUAUCCCAGGAUUCCCUGUUGUCCGGCAAAACAUCCUCAGCCUCCCUCUGGGCAGUCAGGUCAUUUCUGUGCCGGUAAACUCCUCUCUGUCCUGGCACGCCAACCGACUACGGGACAACAGCAAAGACGCAUACAACGUCAGCUACGCCUGGAAGCUGGUUCAGGACACGUCGUUCAUCCUGUGCAUCGUGUACGUGCAGCCGGAGAUCCCAGUGAAGCAUCUGAAGAACCUGAACACAGCUCCCAGCUCCAAGCUCCUGUACCAUCGUUUAGACCUGCUGGGUCAACCCAGCUCCUGCCUGCACUUCAAACAGCUUGCCACAGUUGAGUCCCCCACUGUGAUGUUGGCAGCCGGUAGUUUCUCCUCUCCCUACGAGCACCUCAGCCAGCCAGAAACAAAGCGCAUGGUGGAGCACUACACCGCCUACCUGAGUGACAACACCAGGCUCAUAGCCAACCCAGGCCUCAAGUCCUCUGUCAGGAACGAGGUUAUGGCGACCAGUCACGUCACGGAUGAGUGGAUGACACUAAUGGAAAUGAGUAGCCUCAACUGCUACAUUGUGCGCCGUUACAUAGCAACGCCCAGUGGGGUGCUCCGGAUUUACCCAGGAUCACUGAUGGACAAAGCCUUCGACCCGACCCGCAGACAAUGGUACCAGCAUGCUGUGGCUAACCCUGGCCUCAUCACCUUCACGGGACCGUACCUGGAUGUGGGCGGGGCGGGCUACGUCGUCACCAUCAGCCACACCAUUCAUGCCUCCAGCUCUCAGAUGGCCCCUGGUUAUGCGAUUGCAGUGAUGGGGAUAGACUUCACCCUACGCUACUUCUAUAAGGUCCUACUGGACCUGCUGCCCAUCUGCAACCAGGACAAGGGGAACAAGAUCAGGUGCUUCAUAAUGGAGGACAGAGGGUACCUGGUCGCUCACCCCACUCUCAUUGACCCCAAAGGUCACGCCCCUGCAGAGCAACAGCACAUCACACACAAGGAGCCGCUGGUGGCUAACGACAUCCUGAACCAUCCCAACUUUGUUAAGAAAAACCUGUGCAACAGCUUCAGUGACCGCACCGUGCAGCGCUUCUAUAAGUUCAACACCAGCAUAAUGGGAGACCUAACCAACCUGGUCCAUGGUAGCCAUUGUUCCAAGUACCGUCUGACCCGAAUCCCCGGCACCAACGCCUUUGCUGGUAUCGUCAACGAGACGUGUGACUCUCUGGCGUUCUGUGCCUGCAGCACCGUCGACCGGCUCUGUCUCAACUGUCACAGAAUGGAGCAGAAUGAAUGUGAGUGUCCAUGUGAGUGCCCCCUGGAGGUCAAUGAGUGUACCGGCAACCUCACUAAUGCUGAAAACAGGAACCCCAGCUGUGAGGUGCACCAUGAGCCAGUCAGUCUGAAUGUGAUUGAUUCCAGUCUGCAUGACACCCUGCCUCAGUGCAUCAACACCCGCUGUAGCCAGAGAUACACCAGCAGCGACUGUUUUGGCGUUCUGGACUGUGAGUGGUGCAUGGUGGACAGUGAUGGUAAGACUCAUCUCGACAAGCCAUACUGUGCCCUGCAGAAGGAAUGUUUCGGGGGCAUCGUCGGCGCCAAAAGUCCCUACGCAGAUGGCAUGGGACUCAUAGAUGAGGAGGUGGCAUCUCUGAACAUGAUCAAGAGCGCCCCUGUGGGUCCAGUCGCCGGGGGCAUUAUGGGAUGCAUCAUGGUGUUGGUGCUGGCUGUGUAUGCAUACAGACACCAGAUCCACAGGCGUUCGCACCAGCACAUGUCACCGCUGGCAGCACAGGAAAUGUCAGUGAGAAUGUCCAACCUGGAUAACGAAAGAGAUGAGAGGGAUGAAGACAGCCACGAGGACAGAGGAAUCAUCAGUAACACUCGAUUCAUCGCUGCGGUGAUCGAGCGGCACACUCACACGCCUGAACGGAGGCGAAGGUACUGGGGACGAUCUGGGACAGAGAGUGACCACGGUUACAGCACCAUGAGUCCGCAGGAGGACAGCGAGAACCCACCCGGGAACAACGACCCGCUCUCGGCCGGCGUCGACGUCGGUAACCACGACGACGACCUCGACCUGGACACGCCUCCUCAGACGGCAGCGUUGCUCAGCCACAAGUUUCACCCUUACAGGCACACGCAUACGCACCACCACCCGCUGCACACGCACACGCACCACCUGCAGGCCGCCGUCACCGUGCACAGUGUGGAUGCAGAGUGCUGAUCUUCAGCGCGGCAUUCGCCCUCCUGCCAGGGACGGAACUUUUUUAUAUUAAAGACUAUUUUUAAAAAGACAACAUUUGUGCUCGAUUAGACAGCACACAAUAGGUACUGUCAGGAUGGACGGAGGGAGAGGAACGCUACAGCUGGGCCACUGGGAUCUCUGCCAUGAAUGGAUGUUUAGCUUAAUAUUAACCUCAUGGUCUCAUUGUACCUACAUCUCCAUCUCAACCCUUUUUUUCAAGUCAGUCCAAAAUCUGGCAAGUGUACACAGUUUUAAACACUGAAAAUCACCAGACCUGGGCCAGUAAAAGAUAACCAAAUGGGAUUUUUAUUUUUGUUUACUGAAGGAAUUUGGCGUUCAGGACUCUGUAAGAGCACAAAAAUACGCUGUUUGAGCCCAUUCAUUGAGGAGAGGACACAACUGGAACCUACAAUCCUUGAGGAAAACAGAGGUCUUCAUUUCCAUGUGGAAGGCCAUGCAGAGAACACUUUAUAGGACCGGAGGAAAUCAAAUUAACAUAGAAAUCUAGAUGCUGAUUGGACCCCUUUUGACCCAGCGGGGCUCCAUCCCAGCCUCCCCACUAAAGCCCACCUGUGGUGAGGGGCAGGAGGGGAACAGAGCACUCCUUAUUUGUGAAAAUACUGUAUUUUUACAUAGACCGGGAUCUAAUACGGGAUUCUAUUCCAGCUUUACUCUCCUCCGUUCUGCAGAUUGACACUCCACAGUUGGUUUCAUCUGAAAGAUAUUUGGACAUUUUUUCUCGAGUGUCUGUGAACUUCAAAGUGCGGGAAAAAAAAAAUAAUCUUCAAUGAUUCACAUAAAUACAGGAUGAAACACUUUAAAAGAGGAAAAUAUUAUUUUUCUACUAUUUAUUUAAGAGGUAGAUUUUCGAUGACAGAUGAGUAAGCAGCUGCAGCUAACAAACAAGAAAGUAGUCACUUCCUGUAAACAAUGCAUCAUAUUUAGAGCUCAUUAUUUUUUAUUCAUAAAUAUCUGUGACUGGUUGUGUUUUGAACUUUAAGAAUAUCAAACAGUGUGAAAAUUGGACAUUUUUUUAUUUUAUUUUUCAUGUUACAAGGAUAAUCAGAAGCUUAUUUUGAUUUCAUUUUUCACUUUCUUUUACCAGAAGUUUAUUCUGAGCUAAUCCUCUCCACCACAAGAUCCUAUUUAACAUCUAGUGAGGUGUUUUCUUUAUGCAGGAAACAUUUUUGGAGGAACAGGGACCUUAAAAUCAAAACCAGAUCUGCUCAAUUAAAAAAUAAAAAAUAAAAAUCCAGGUAUUUUUCGGUGAUUAUCGGUAAAAAAUCGAUGAGCCUUAAAUCACAUCCUGUCUAUCAGAGUAGUUAAGAGGAAGUGGUCUUUGAUAUAUAGCACAUUUUUCUUUCUGUGUUCUGAAUCACUGAGGGCUUUGUGUUAUUGUAAGGUGAGAACAUCCUCAUUCUGGACAUGUCGUCCGUAUCAGGAGGCAGAACUUGUAUACUCGCUGGCCUUCGUAAGCCUCCUGGGGAUGGAGGAGGGAAGAGAGAGAAACUAACACCGGCAAAACAUUCCUGGCUUUAGUCACUGCUGGAGAUUUGGUGUGUGAGGAAUAAUUGGGGAUCCUCACAGAGGUCCUGAGGGAUUCACAGAGACUGAGUGCUGUCCCCUCUAUCUGCCUGAGUAGAAAAACCAGUAUAGAAAGCUCCCAUUUUAUAACACAACUUUUUGCCCCGAGGCCAAUCUGAUGCUGUGCGUAUGUUAAGGUUGUGAUGCAAAAAGCGAGUUUCAAGUGAUGCCCAAGAUGGAGUCUCCUUCUCGCCAAUGAGAGUGAAAGAGGGAGAGAUGCUGCUGUUGUUGUUCAGAGGUUACACCCAUCUGUCGGCUCCUCUGCGGUUAACCACUCAAAAUGUAUUUUCUACACGUCUCUGGUUUGACUGUUGUGUGUGUUGAAUGUGUGUGUGUGAGUGUUUGAAGAGAGAAUGAUUAUCCACCUGGAACAUUUUUCAUUGAAUGCAUUAUUGUAUUUUUUUCAAGAUAGUAUUAGAGAAUUAUAGGUGAAAUUAUUAUGAUUGAGAAAAAUCCACUUAUUUUUAUUCUGAUGAAGAGUCACAUGACCCGAUCUGUGCUUUCGUGGGUUUGAUUGUUCAACUGGUCAAAAGUCGCGGCAUCCAUUUAUUCCUGGGUGCAAAAAAAUGUCUAUUGUUUUUCAGAGAUUCAUUAUGAAGUGUAAAUACAGAAUCACAAAUAGCUAUUAAUGUCCUGUACACUCCAUAUUUUUUUUUAUGUUGUAAGACAUAUGCUCAGAUAUUUGGGUCUGAUAUUUUUGAAUUGUCUGUUCAUGGUGUCUCGCUAUAUUUUUGAUGCCUUGGAUAUUUAUUUUUAGAUUUAUUUUUCUUUAGGUCCAUAUUGGAUGGAAGUCAGUACUUGGAGAAAUUAAUACACACACUUUUUUAUGUUUGAGAGACUUCUAGUUUUUAUCAUGUCUUCAAAAUGUUAAAGAAAGCUUAUCUCUCCAUGAACCAAUUUAGAUUUGCAAAGAAGCGGUACUACAUAUUUUCACUGAGUAAUGACCAAAACAACCCCCCUGUCGUGGAUUUUACAGGCUGCUUUAAGCCUUGCUAUGGUUCUGUUCCUACUUAAGACUGUCAGCCAUAUUCAUUUACAGUUAUCUGAAUGUGUUUGUCACUUUGGUAGAGUAUUUACAUUUGCACACCCAAUGUGAGCUCAUUAAACUUUGAAAACGUGCUAAAUGAUGCUGAUAGAGCAGAGAUUAAAACAAAGUGGUGUUAUCUAUUCAUGUCAAAGUACUGCUGUUCUUGAACUCAUUGGAUGUGUAGUGGGUUAAAUAUUCCCCUCAAGACUUUGAUUACAGAAAGGUUUAUCAUCAUCAGACCAUUUACUGUUGGACGUUUGACCAUAUAAACAUUUAUUUACCUGCAGUCAUUUGUAGCACAAACAAAACACACAACUUCAUCAUUUCGGUUGGACAUUAAAGCAGUCUUGUAGCAUUUAAGGGCAUAUAUUUCAAUGUGUCUGUUGGGGCAAAUUCUUUUAUUUUCCAAAUUGAGUUUUUUUUUUUUUAAAAGCAUUUUUUUCUGGAGAACUUUUAAACAGUAUUUACCAGCUGUUGUAAACAAGUAUAUGUGUGUGUGUGUGUGUGUGUGUGUAUACAGGACACUCUGAAUCGCAUUAAUUAAUGUACUGAAGGAACACGUGUACGUCACCCCCCCUCAUGUAUCAUAUAGGCCUAAAGUUAUCAAAUUGAGAUUUAUUGCAAUGUGAAUGUGAUAAAGUCCAUUUUACACUUAAA